AUUAAUACCUAAACUGCCCUUUUCCCCGUCGCCUUACGCCAAGGGUAGGGGGGUGUGCAUAGGCAGAAAUUAACCUAUGCUUAAAACUUUCUGUAGUGGAAGUUCAUACUUACACUUUUUUGUGUUUUAAACUCCUUUUCAUUCGCCUCUUUUGCGCGUUUGAAGAUUGUUUUCCCCUGCAUUUUUCCUUCAUAAUACGCAAGACAGCCCAACUUGAUCCAAGAUGAUUGACACAGUAGUAGGACCUGGAGCACUGCCUUUUGCAGUUCAGCUGAAAUCUUUGAUGGAUCUCGAAGGCCGAUACCAGCCAAAACUAACCGGCCUAAGACUCAUUGAGAGCGCCCAGGACAACGGCCUCAGGAUGACCUCCAGACUUAGGGAGCUGGAGGUGAAGGACCUGCUCUCCCUCACCAGGUUCUUUGGUUUCAGUUCUGAGACAUUCUCACUGGCCAUCAGCUUGCUGGAUCGAUUCCUUUCUGUUAUGAAGAUUCAGCCGAAGCACCUGUCAUGUGUGGGCUUGUGUUGCUUCUACAUCGCUGUGAAGUCCUCAGAAGAGGAGAAGAACGUGCCUCUAGCCAAUGACCUGAUCCGCAUUAGUCAGAAUCGCUUUACAGUGUCUGACAUGAUGAGGAUGGAGAAGAUCAUCAUGGAGAAGCUCUAUUGGAAGGUGAAAGCCCCGACAGCCCUUCGCUUUCUCCGCCUGUUUCACAGUCACAUCCAGGAGCAGCUCGAUGCUGAGAGUAAGAAGAUCCUGAGUCUUGAGAGACUGGAGGCUCAGCUUAAAGCAUGUCACUGCUCAUUUGUCUUCUCCAAAAUAAAGCCCUCUUUGCUUGCUUUAGCUCUGGUGUGUUUUGAGGCCUGGGAUAAACAUGACCCUGAGCACAGUGACAAAAUAUCUGAGGCCCUGAGUAGCUUGCAGCAGCAGAUGAAUAUUAAAGAUGGGGACCUGGUUUGCAUGCGGGAGUUGGUUGGGAAGUGCCUGACUGAAUACGCCACCACUAAAUGUUCCAAACCAAUCAGGCAGAGACUCCGCUGGACUAUUUCAGGGAGAACGGCACGCCAGCUGAAGCACAGCUACUAUAAGAUCACCCAUCUCCCCACCAUACCUGAGUCAGCUUGUUAAAAUGUCAGGCUUUGAUUGAGUGACCUUGCAUGCAAACAAAAGCUGUUCCUAAACAGCUUAAUUUUGUGAUUGGCAGUAAAUAAGUCUGUGAAUGAUGACUAGCUUUCAGGAAGGUCACUCAUUUGAAGUCUACUUAUUUUCUUUACAGAUCUUCAUCACUGAUGAUGGUGUUCUUUAAAGAAAAACUAGAAAUGUUAGCAUUUUUGUUUGAUUUAGAUACAUUAAGCACACUGUAUUUCAUCAGCGCCCAUCACAGAGAGGAAUACUUUUUCAGAAAGGUUUACCAUCCGGUUUUACUUUCCUGGUUGAGUUGCUUGCACAAGUGUACAGUAUGUUCUUGUUUAAUCCGUACCAAGGUGUUUGGUAUUUCCUGGAACGGGUUGCUGGUUUUAAGCUAAUAAGUAUAGAACCACCUAGGUCCUCAGUCCACCAUGUGGAAGAGGAGGGAGAAGGAUUUUGCGAACAGCUAAAAUGGAACCAAGAAAUCGGGCCCAAAAUCCUUAACUCCCACCCUAGGUUGCUAAGCUGUCCUGAAUGCACACUCCUACCCAAGGUGAUUUUUUUGUUUUUUUUUAUAGCGAGGGAGCUCUGGUUUUUCCAGUGAAGUGAAGCUAGUGACGAUUCUGUCAUUUCUGGCUACUCUAUAUUCUGAGCUGAAAUGUCAGCUUUGUGAUCAGCGGUUACAGAUGAGUUGUUUUCACUGAUUUUUAAUUUGUGGACACAGUGAAGCACCACACGUACUAAUUGAUUUCAUCUGUCAAUUAUGCAGAGCACUAAAUAAUUGGUCAUUGCUGUGGAAAUGCGGUUCAGAAUCUGUAUGGUGUUCUCUUUGCCAGUUUCCCUGUGUAGUACAAAUUUACUUUAGUAACAAAACAAUGUGUUCUCAGACUCAAAUUGUCGAAUUCAGUACACCAUCUGGUUAACCUAUGUCCUUGUACCUUUCAAUAAAAUUUAUUGAAAAGCCAA